AUGUCGUCCGCUUCCAAACGCCUAUCCACACUUGCGGCCCACUUCCCUCCUGCGUCUGGCUCCCCAACUGCUGCGGAUAACUCGAUCACCACGAAAGAUGUCUUUGAACAUAAGUUCCAUUCGCAUCAAUUGAGCCCAACGUUUUUCUUGCCGAGAGCGGCGAGUAUUGAGCCUGAUGCAAUUGCUGUUUUCCACAAAACUGCCAAUGAGAAGAUCCUACGCCGAACGUACCAAGAGACUGCAGACCGCGCAAGAGGAUUGGCGUAUUACUUGAAGAAACAUGGAUUCAAGAGAGUGGGAAUCCUAUGCACCAACACGCCCGCUUUCUUCGAGAGCAUUUAUGGAAUUGGCGCUGCAGCUGCGGUCAAUGUUGCAAUCAACUACCGUCUCAAGAUGGACGACAUUACCUACAUCUUCGAUCACGCAGAAGUCGACCUGAUUAUUGUUGAUGCGGAGUUCCAACAUCUCCUAGAAGGUUUCCGAAAGCUCCACCCCAAAGUUCCCUUCAUCAUUGAUACGGACACUGAUCAAGACACUGGCCCAUUCGACCAAGCCGUGCUGGAUGGUCUUCAACAAGAUAUUCGUACCGGAGGCCACGGCUGGGCAGGACUGGAGACCGAGGUAGCGCACGAGGACAGCAUGAUUGCAAUCGCUUACACAUCUGGAACUACUUCACGUCCCAAAGGCGUCGAAUACACGCACAGAUCCGYCUACCUAGCAGCAACAGCCAACGUGAUUGAAAGCGCUCUCAAUACUUGCAUCCCCUCCGCUAGCCGCUGUCACUACCUCUGGACACUCCCCAUGUUCCACGCCAUGGGAUGGACAUUCCCCUGGGCCGUCACCGCCGUUCGAGGAACCCACUACUGUCUGCGAAAGAUCGACUAUCCCUACAUCUGGUCCCUUCUCAAAGACGAGCAAAUUUCCCAUUUCAAUGCCGCUCCCACAGUCAACACUCUUCUCUGCGCGGAUUCCAAUGCCGUAGCUCUCGAGCACCCAGUAAGAGUCACCGUCGCUGCGUCCCCGCCCACGGCCCAUCUAUUCGAAACCAUGGAGAAAUUGAACCUCCGCCCAGUGCAUGUGUAUGGUCUGACAGAGACCUAUGGACCCAUCACCAAAGGUUACCAACUCCCCGAAUGGGAAUCCCUCCCUCGCAAAGAAAAGUACGCGAAGAUGGCCAGGCAGGGACACGGGCUCAUCAUGUCUCUCCCGGCACGAGUGAUCAAAACCAACAUGGACGAAAGCGGAGCCUGGGAAUCUUCCACCACCAUCGAGAAUGUCGCCAAAGACGGCAAGGAAAUUGGAGAAAUUGUCUUCAAUGGCAAUCUUUGCGCAAAAGGUUAUUACAAAGAUCCCGUCGCGACGCGUAAACUUUUCGCCGGCGGAGUGCAGCAUUCGGGGGAUUUGGCGGUUUGGCAUGCGGAUGGGAGUAUACAGAUUCUGGAUCGUGCAAAGGACAUCAUUAUUUCGGGGGGUGAGAAUAUCUCCAGCGUGGCGUUGGAGAGUAUGUUGGUUACGCAUCCGGAUGUUUUGGAGGCGGCUUGUGUCGCUGUCAAGGAUGAGCAGUGGGGGGAGAGACCCAAGGCUUUCAUCACUGUCAAGGAGGGAAGGGAGUUGAAAGGGGAGGAUGUCAUUACGUGGGCUAAGAAGAAGUCGGAUAUUUCGAGGUUCAUGGUUCCGAGGGAGAUUGAGAUUUUGGAGGAGUUGCCUAAGACGAGCACUGGGAAGACUAAGAAGAAUGUACUGAGGGAGUGGGCGAGGGGGAAUAGGGAGGCUAGUUAG